AUGUCGUACACUGGCUGGUCACUGCAAGAUCACAUUGAUGAACUUAGGAACAAGCUCGCCCUCAAAGAACGUGAUCACAGGGCGUACUUCGAAUGUUCUCAAAUAGCCAAGAAACAAAACGAAGACUGCAUUAUUCACCUAAGAAAACAAUGUAAAGAGAAGCGUGUCGAACUGUCGAAUAGUAUUAAUGAAGACGAGAAGGUCAUUGGAAAUACAUUAACUAAUCGUCGUCGAGAACGCCUCUCCCUGCGAAGAUCCAGCGCUCCACAAGCGAUUUCAAUAAUGGAUCAGAAGAUGUGCGAGAAAGCCAAACUGUUGAACGAACUCAAACAUAAACGUGAGAAGACCGAAGCUGAGAUAACAAACCUCAAAGUACUGUACUCGCGUAAUGAGAAACUGGAGAGCGAUGGCGCUGUGACUGAAGAAAAAGUAUACCAACAGCAAAUUCGAACAUUGGAGAACAGCAUAGACAAGGCCAAAAUCAAGAUUGACACAGCCGUGAAAGUCCAGGUCAACUAUAAACAUGUCAUGAAAUCUUUAGAAAAGGUAGGCCUGGUGCAUUCUUCUGAUAGGGAAAACUAUCAAUGGCAAUCUGAUCUUAUACACUUUACUUCUUCUCCCUGA